UAUGUGGUAGAAGGAUGAAUUUGAUCGAAUACAAAUGCCACUAUUUUUUCAUUUUCUAAGAUUAAGGCGACAAGGUCAACGCAACAUGUUCCGAAUAUUAUUUUUAAUGUUUGGAAUGUAUUGUACAACUGGGAUGCUUCCAUUUCCUAGGAAUAAGGGGAACAACCGAGACAAUGUUUUCAGUGUACAGAUAACAGAUUUAAGCGAUGGGGGUGUAAGAUCGGCAAAUGGUUCCAGGCAUUUAUCUUUGUCCCUCAGUGAUGGUUUCAUAGACUUUGAUCUGACCUGGAAUCAAAAUACUGAAACAAAUGCACCUAUAUACACAACUGAUUCUGAAGGAAUCGUAAGGAUUCAACAUGUUCCACAAUCAAAGGAGAUCAGAUUCUAUCAGGACGUGGAAAAUGGAGCAUCCUUUAUGAUAAUGUCCAAUAAUUCCUCCUCAUGCAUGACGGGGAUAUUUCUAUACAGAAAAAGCGAGUAUAUAAUGGAACCUGAAACCGACGACUGCCUCCGGGUCAGCGACAGAGACACAAAGUACAGGAUCAUUGAAGUAGAUAGAUCACAUGCACCAUUCGCUGAUGUUUUGAAACCAAGAAUGGACCAAGGUGGAUUAUUCCAUGGUACUAAGAUGAACAGGGCUAACAGAAAAAAGAGACAAAUAAAUCACUACAAAAUAGAGAUGUUCUUUAUUAUUGAUUACUCCAUUUAUUUAUAUUGGUAUGAACAAAGCAAAGCUUCCAGUUUAACUGCAAAAGAUGAAGAGGCGAAAGGAAAUAUUCGAGAGUUCUACUCUUUUGUUAUCAAUGGGAUGGACGUUCGUUACAAAAAUAUUCAAACAUCAUCCUAUACAAUAUCAAUUCUGUUUUCUGGAAUAUACAUUGCUGAUGCUGCCUCAAAAUCGACCUUUACAGAAAAUAAUAAAAUUGUGUCAGUUUCUGGUACACAAAUUGACUCAGAAGUCGCACUCACAGCAGUGACGUCAUGGUUACAGGGAACCCCUGGGCUACCUCAACAUGAUCAUGCUAUGAUGUUUACAAGAUACGAUUUUACUAAGGGCGGGUCAUCAGACAAUGCAGGAUUGGCCUGGCUUGGAGCUUUGUGUACGACCCAGUCUGUAUCCGUGGUGGAGGAUCACUUUGAUUUUAACGUUAUUACAAUUGCAGCUCAUGAAUUAGGACAUGGAUUGAGUGCUGCGCAUGACGGAAUCAACAACUCCUGCAAUGGUAACGAUGCUUAUAUCAUGGCGGCGACAUCUGUUCCUAUGGAUAAUCAAAAUCCCUGGAAAUUUUCCAUAUGUUCCACGAAUUAUUUCACAUCAUUCAUCAACAAACUGAACAGGGAAAACAACAACUGUAUGACUGUCUUAAGUCCGGAGUUCAACCCUGACGCAUUAAAACAAUACACAGCACUUCCUGGUGAGAUAUAUGACGCAGACGCACAUUGCCGACAUAUUUUGGGUUCAGAAUCGUCAUUUUGUAAGGACGUUUACAACCAAAACUUUACAUCCAUCUGCACUAAAUUAUGGUGUAAAAAGACUGAUGGAAGUGGUUUGUGUAUCUCAGCUGUUGGGGGAGACGGAAUUCAAUGUGGAAAUAAAAAAUGGUGUAUUGCUGGUGUGUGUAAAAAUGAUGAAUGUGCACCUCCUGGUGAUGAAUCGUGUCUGUAUGGCGAUACAAAAGCCAAAGUUUUCGAAUUCAGCGGAAAUGAUAUAACCUGUUCCUUUGAAGACAUAAAGAAAUACCCAUUCGUUUGCUACUCGGUUAAUACUCGUUGUUGCCGACAGUGUCAGAACUUCUUUACAGGAAUAACAGGUUGUGAAUAUGGAGACAAAACUACAGGAUGUUCAUUGUUUCACUGUCCAAGUAACCCAGAUAUCUGCUGUGGAACAUGUUACAAUGGACCAGCAAUAACUACACCAUCGCAAGAACCAACAACACAAAAGUACCAAAACCCGUGUAGAUCAACAGUAACAUCUGCUUCUCCUGAACAAACAACCGCGAAAUCAUCGACACCAGUAUCAUCCAAAACAACAAAACCACCGAUAACAACUCCAGCACCAUCAGCAACUUCAACGACGACUACAAUACAAACAACUGCAACAUCGACAACAACAACAGUACAACAUAAAACAACCAUACAACAAGAAACGACGACACCUAAGCCCACAUCAGUGUCUACUUUGUUGUUUAUGUUUACAAUAACGUUGUCAAUUGAUAUUCCAGAAGAUUUGUCAGACCAUGCUCAGAAGAUAGCCGUUAUGUCAAAAUUACAAACAAUGCUUGUGUUAUUAUACAAAAAUGAGCUGAAUUCCAGAUUUAUCAGCUGUGUUGUACAAACUCUUCAUAAAGGCAGCCUGAAAGUCAGUUAUGAUAUCAAAACAACAAGUGAGUCCAAGUCGACAUCAAAUGUGGCAUCUCUCUCCAGAAAUAUGGCUUCAGGGAAUUAUAAAGUGAUGUAUGAAGGCAAAGAAGUGACGGUAUCUUCUAUAGCUAUAACAGACUCAACGGGCACAUCUCGUAUGAUAAGCAAAGUAACCCCAGACUGUGAAAUUCUACAAGUAGUUAAUCCUUGUCCCAGUGAUUACGAGUGUGUGAAUUCAAACCGUGGGCCAGUGUGUAGAGAAAAUCUUCCAGAAAGUAAUCUAAGCAAGUACCGGGAUUACAUAAUCUAUGUUGGAAUAGGGGCUUUCCUUUUGGUUUCCUUGUUCAUAACUUGUAUUUGCUGUCUUCAUAAGAAGCGAAAUCGGGCACGAAAGAAGGUGAUGAAAACACAGUUCGAUGGAUUUACUAAUCAAGCUAAGAGAUACGCUGACAAUAAUCAACAUAGAACCAGAAACACUUACAAAGAUGGUAAAUUUUGAAAUCUUCCAUUUGGAUUAUGUUGAAAAUUUGUUCACAUUAAGUGUCAAGUUUAAUAGCCCCAAAUAUUUUCAUCGGGACAUAAUCAAAAUAUGUUUUCAGCCGUGUUAAAGUAUAAACCUAAAUUUGCAUGUUCUACUACCUGUAUUUCUCGUGAUAUUAGUAAUACAUCAGAAAGUUGUAGUUGUCAUAUAAUCAAUUUGAUUGUCUUUUCAAUAAAUUAUAUACAGAAGUAUAUCA